AUGGCGUCGUUCAUCACCUUCUUCUUCGGGGUGUAUAUCGGGCGUCUAAACUGGCGCCGGGAGCAUAACCUUGAGAUUGGCUCCCUGCCCGACCAGUACAUCGCGCGCCCUCGAACGACGCCGGAGCAGAACUCUGGCCUCGACGUCGUGACGCCGUUCCCUCUUCGUACCUCAUACGAAACGGAGACGGAGACGGAGCCAAUCAUGGUGGAGCGCCCGCUACCGGAACUACCCUCAAGAUUGCGCGACGCUGUAGGCAACGAUGUGGUCAAGCCCCGCCCCGCAUUCUUUGUGGACGAGGGAAGCUCUUCGAUGAUCACGAGCGAGGAACGACGAACCUCCACCCCCGCGCUUCGGCCAGAGGAUGUCUCGCAUGCCAUCAGCGUUCUGACAGCCGCGCUGAGACUGAACCUCGAUCAGACUGGCUCGGGACGAGCCACUCCGGUCGUUGAGGCAGGCGCCAGUCCGAGUGUCACUCAGGGGCACGGUCAUGGCGCGCGCGAAGCCGACAGCGGACGACUUCUCCUUCCGCCCCAGUACCAGUCUGAGUGGCGCAGUGCUGCCUCAAGCUCCUCGCGCGAGUCACAAGUCUCGAGUAGCGUCGAAGGAGAAGCUGGUCCGGCUCGGCCACCGAGAAGGAAGCGGGGAUAG